AAAUAAUGAGUGUAUAUAAUCGAAUGUGUACUUAGAACAAAUUGUCAUGUACUCAAUUACAUUGGCAAUAUAAAUAUGAAAUCAUUACACAAGAUGAUUCAAUUUUUAUGCAUUCAAAUGUGACAAAAAAUUGCAUGAUGGACAUUAUUAUUGGUUUGAUCAAUUCAAUCGGACGUACCGGCAUUGUUAUCGUUUUGUUAUCGUUGCUAUAUUGGUACAUUCGAACCAAAUACAGUUAUUGGAAACAAAAAGGUAUCGAUGGUCCACCUGUAAUACCGUUUUUGGGAAAUUUUUUUCUACCUCACAAACCGGUUGCAUUAUUACAUCAGGAUUAUGUUCGAAGAUAUGGGAAAUUUUUCGGUAUGUAUCAAGGUCGAAAACCAAUGCUAUGCAUCGCCGAUCCUGUUAUUAUCAAACGUAUUCUGGUACAGGAUUUUCCUAUGUUUCGAAAUCGAAUCAAACAAACAACUAGGCAUAAAAUUUUCUCACAAAAUCUAGUCAAUGCACGUGAUGAAUCAUGGAAACGUAUCCGAUCAAUAUUGUCACCAAUGUUUACAAGUUCAAAAAUGAAAAAAAUGGAAGGUAUGAUUGAUCAAUGUGCCGAUUCGAUGAUUCAGGUUUUUGGAAAAUUGGCCGAUAAACAAGAAUCAUUCCUCGUACAUGGUGUCAUGGGUAAUUUUACGAUGGAUGUCAUUGCCAAAUGUGCGUUUGCAACGGAUACAAACGCUCAUAAUGAUAAGGAAAAUAUUUUCGUUCAAAAUGCAAGAUCUUUUUUCAAUUUCAAUCUAUUUCGAAUGUUAUUGCUCAUUAUUACCCCAUCGGCUUUGAUCCAGUUGUUUGCCAAAUCUAAAAUACCACCAUAUUAUUCGAAAACUGCUGAUUUUUUCAUGAAUAUGUCGUCACAUGUUAUUAAACAAAGACGUGAAAAUAAAACAAAACAAUGUGAUGAUAUGCUACAAUUGAUGAUCAAAGCUGAACAUGCUAAAGAAAAAAGUUUUGAAAAAGAAGAUGCGAUCGAUUCACAUCAUGUUAAUCAAGGUGAAGAAGAAAUCUAUCAAGAGGAAGAGAUUUUUCGAGAAAUUAUCGGAUCAAAAUAUUUGAAUGAAGAAGAAAUCAUUGCACAAUCUAUGGUUUUCCUUUUGGCUGGUUAUGAAACAACAGCAUCGACACUGACAUUUUGCAUGUAUGAAUUGGCUAAACAUCCGAAUAUACAGAAUAAACUUUAUGAUGAAAUCAAAACCAUUAUUGAUCGUGGUGAAACAUUAGAUUUCAAUAAUAUAAUGAAACUACCUUAUUUGGAUGCAGUAAUUUCCGAAACAUUACGUAAACAUCCACCUGCACUUUUAUUAAGUCGAGAAGCAAUGGAAGAAUAUCAUAUACCAGAAUAUAAAUAUACAUUAGAAAAAGAUGAGGCCAUUACCAUUCCGGUUUAUGCUAUACAUCAUGAUCCGGAAUACUAUCCCAAUCCAGAGACAUUUAAUCCGGAUCGUUUUAUGCCCGAAAAUCGUCAUAACAUUGUUCCGUACACUUAUCUACCUUUUGGCGGUGGCCCUCGAAAUUGUAUCGGAAUGAGAUUUGCAUUAUCCGAAGCGAAAUUAGGCUUAGCUAAUUUACUAAAAAAUUUCAUCAUCAUUGCGACGGAUAAAACCUGUGAUCGAUUACAGGUGGAAAAAAGUUUAUUCCUAAUGAAAACCACUCCGAUUUAUGUUGGAGUGAAGAGACGAAUUUGAUCGCCAUCUAUAAUUAUGUUUCCGAAAUAGCCUUUGGAAAUAUUGAACAAAAUUCUUUAUUAAAGAUCUGAAAAAAAAGAAGAUCCAAUCAAAAACAAAAGAUGGCACAUGAGGUGAAACAAGACAUCUUUUUUUCUAAUUAAAAACGAACAAAAAAAAAAGAAAAACUUGUUUUAUCUUAUCGUCGAAACCAUUUGACAUGUUUAUGAAUUUUUAUACUUGAAAAUAUUUUUAAAAUCAGAGAAAAAAACGAUACUUUAGGCUCCUACACAAACAGACAAGUCUCUCUAUCACCAAACAACAAGAUAACCGACACAGAUACCAACACACACAAACACGCAAAAGACUGAUUUUAAAAAAUAAAAAAAAUAAAUCAUCAAAAUUGUGUCAAAGCAAUGAUUUUCAGUGUUGAAUUUCUGAAAACACAUAACCCUUUUGAAUAAAAAAAAUAAGGCUAAAGAA